GGUUUUAUUGACAUGGUUGUAAAAGCAGCGAUAGAAUUUCUUAGGAAAGCUGAUGUUAUAAAGGAACAACUAACAAAAUUUGAGCCUAAAGAUUUUGCAACUUUGAAUGUUAUUGCUUUGCUAAAAGAGCUUCAGCAUAUUUAUCGUCAUAUAUUCGUUAUUGACAUUAACUAUGCACUCACUAAUAAAAUUGAUCAAGAUUUAUGGAAUAUUGGGUUCAAACUUUGUAUUUCAUCUUUGCAAGAUCUGAUAAAAAAUAAGGAGUACAAUGUCACACAAAAGUCUGAGUUUUCUGCUGUAUUAUCGUGGUAUUUAUCUGGCGCAUCAGGAUUUUACAUAAAUUUACUGAAUUCUACUUGGGGUGCUCAUAAAGAUGUGCUGCAAAUCAGUACGGAUUUGAGCUUUGUAGGACAAUACUGCCUUGUUCAUCUUGGAGAUCUGGCUAGAUAUCAAGGACAUAAAGAACAGGCGCAAAAUUUUUAUGAGCAAGCAAUCAAAGUAGCACCAGCUUUUGGUCAUGCAUACAACCAAUUAGCUCUUUUGGAACCCAAAUCAUCUUCAAUGGAUGCGCUUAAGAUUUGCUCUUUGUAUUGUCGAGCAAAUUCAUGUGUGCAAUCUUUUAUGCCGGCGCAUAAUAAUUUGAUGAGAUUAUUGGAAGAAUAUAAAACAUUUGAAUGCAGCAAAAUUUCUACUCUAGAAGACUAUAUAAGCGCUUUUUUAAAACAGAUGUAUUAUGUUUUGAAUAAUUCAAUUUAUGACAUGAAAAUUGAAUGCCCUGUCAUGAAUCAACUGAAUAAUAAAAAGUGUAUUGAGGCGUUUAUACUUGUUACAUAUUCCUAUUCAAAAAUUAUUGAUGCAGUAUGCAAGGAAUCAGAAUUAUCAAAGGAUGAGGAAAUUUUGAAACAAAUUAUUCUAACACACUACAUACAUUUAUUUUAUCUAUUGGAAAAAACUGAUGAAUCCUUACUUGUUUCUGUCAUGGAUUAUGAGGAAAGAACAUCUGAUUGCAAUGUAAUUGAAAGUGAUUCUGGAAUAGAUGAUAGUGAUGGUAUACUUGAUGAAGAAUUGGAAUUGACAAAUUAUAUACCCUUUGGUUUGACUCAAAAUAAAGAAAUUUUGUCAGAUUUUACUCAAGAUGAGGUAUGUGGUGAAAGAGUCUUGAAAUGGACUAAGCUUAUAUUGGAUAAAAUUUCAAAAAGUGCUGAUGUAUUUGAAAAUACUUCAAAUGCAACAAAUAAUGAUGAAAAGGCUGCUAUAGUGAGAAUGAUUCAACCGGGCUCUGCUAAAUCUAAACCAAAAAGAGCUAGAACUAAUGUCGCAUUGCAAACAAUUCUUCAAAUGAAACAUAACUUAGACUUGAAAGAAGAAUACGAUUCAAACAAUGAACGAGAAGACAAGGCUAUGAAGUCUUUGUAUAGCCUUCCAAUAGAAUCACCUACGGUUUUAUCUACAGAUUGGAUAGAUGAAAACAGUAAAAGUAUGCAAGAUAUUGAUUUAAAUCAAUCAACAUCAAUUUAUAGCAAUUUUAGCUUUCUUGAGGAAAACGGUUUAAAUUAUACAUCUCUCUUAUCUGGUAUGAAUGGCACUUCAAGUCUGUGGGGCAAUGGUGGCGGAUAUUCACUAUUUAGUGGUCAUUCGCCAUUGGCAAAAUUGUUAGAGGAUCAAAAGACAAAAUAUGAUACCAAUGUCAUAAAAUAG